AUGCCUUCAUUGCGUCAGUUGUUCACCUCGGGCCUGCUGGCCGCAUCUGCAGCCUACGCAUCGGAUAUCAAUGAUUUUUCCUGCGAGAGCACCUCCCCGCCCGUGGUCUUCCUGCACGGCUUGGGCGCCACCUACUAUGAAGAUCUGAACUUCAUGCAGUACUGGUUCCAAGCUCAGGGCCACUGCACAUACGCCAAGACCUAUGGAGCUUACGAGGGUUUCCCAUUCCUCGGUGGUCUCAAGGCCAUCAACGAGUCCGCUCCUGAGAUCGCCGCUUACAUCAAGGAGGUCGUUGAGAAGACUGGCCACAGCAAGGUGAACCUCGUGGGUCACUCUGAGGGUGCCUUCCAGUCCCUCUACGUGCCCAAGUUCGAGGGUGUCUCGGACCUGGUUGAUAAGAUUGUCGCUAUCGCGCCUCCAACCCAUGCGACUAACUUUGCCAACCUUUACGACCUCGCCUAUAUCGCUGGCAAUGCUUCGCGGGCCGUCAUCGGUGACGUCCUGGAUACUUUGGGCUGUGCUGCCUGCAACGACCUCGGUCCCGACGGCGCUGCUAUCGAACGUCUGAAUGAUGGAACCCCUAUUGCGCAGUCUGGAAAUACUUUGACCAUCAUUGCCUCCAAGUAUGAUGAGCUGGUCACCCCCACUACCACCGCUUUUGUCGACGAGGAUGGUGUCAACAACAUCUGGGUCCAGACUACUUGCCCACUUGAUCCCGUUGGCCAUAUUGGCGAGGCUUAUGACUGGAAUGUCUGGAAUUUGGUCAAGAAUGCUUUGGAGGACACCCCCAACCGUGAAUUUGUCUGCUUGCUUGGGUCACCCGGCAAACUUUGA